AUGAGCGAGAUUAGCGUUAAAGAAUAUGUGAAGCGACAGGAGGAACUGGAAGAUGAAGCAAAUAAACUGAUGCCAUAUGAUCCAAGCCAUUGCACUUAUUCCAUGGGCCCAAUUCGACAGCCAAUAUUCGCAUGUCGUACUUGCAACAGUAUAGGAGUGUGCUAUUCAUGCUCUAUUCAGUGUCACAGUACCUGUGACUUGGUGGAACUUUUCGAUAAGAGGAAUUUCAGUUGCGAUUGCGGUACAGAAAGGCAGUUUGAACACGGUGAGAAGUUCACACCUUGUAAUAUAAGAAAGAAUACUACACCAGAUAUACCAGACAUGAGUAACAGGUAUGGCCAGAAUUUCAAAGGGUUAUUUUGCUCUUGCCAUAGAGAGUAUGACCCGAAUACAACGACAACGAUGUUACAAUGCGUCCUUGGCUUGGAGUGCAAUGAGGACUGGUUUCAUGAUCACUGCAUUCUAGGGAUAGAAGAAAACCCAGACCCGGUUACAGAAGACAGAAAGCUACCAGGAUUCCCUGAACUGUCAAGUUUCGAAGGAUUUAUCUCAUGGGUUUGUAUUGACAAGUACAGCUCGAUAUUUGAAAAGCUUUUAUCACACGAAGCGUGUGAUAAAAUCAUAGCACAUAAAGUGUACAGGAGAGAUCUGGUAUCGGAUCAGAACUCCGAGGGAAUGACAUUGGAAAGUACCAAGAAAAGAGGGCUAGAAGAAAUGGAAAACUCUUCGGGUUCAUAUUCAUUAUUCUUGAAAGAAGGAUAUAGGGAAGAAUUUAAACGAUUAAGGGAUUCACUUCCAGAAGGUGACUCCUUGAAAAGCUUUUUCAUGCACACAGCACCAUUCCUCACUUGUGAAGAGAAAGUUUAUGAACCCCCGGAGGAACAAGAGCAAGGAUCUCUUGUAGAAAUGGGAGAAACGGCCCUAGCUCAAAACUUGUCUCAUCAGCAAACUCUAGCCAGUCUAGUCGCUUUCCAGCAAAUAAAAUCAAAACUAACAGAUUUCCUACGACCAUUUGCGGAAAACGAUAAGGUCGUUAGUGAAUCUGAUAUCAAGCAGUUUUUUGAUACUCAGAAAAAAUGA